AUGGGGGGCUUCUGGCUGCUCUGCCUGUUGCCGGCGCUGGUGGCAGCUCAGCCGCUGGACGCUGGUUCUGCGUCCUACGAGGAGCGGACGGUGAUGGGGGUGCGGGGCCGGGCAGUGGAGCUGAGCUGCGGGCCCGCGGUGCCGGCAGUGGUCUUCUGGAGCUUCACGGCGGCGGGGAGCACUGGGCCGCCGCGGGCAGUGGCGGUGGGCUCGGGCCUGGAGGCGGUGGUGGCCCCCGGCGUGGGGGCGCUUGGUCAGGCCAGUCUGCGCAACGGCACGCUGGAGCUGCGGGAGCUGCGCACCGCCGCCACCGGGCGCUUCUUCUGCCAGGGGCUCUUCCCAGAGCCCGGGAGGCUCCGUGUGGGAUACGCCGCCGUGCUGCUGCGGGUGCUGGUGCCUGUCUCCAGGCCUUUUGUGCGGCCGACGGCGGCGGUGGCAGUGGAGGGGACAGAGGUGGCCCUGAUAUGCGCUGUGAGGGAGGGGACGGCGCCGCUCAGCUUCUCCUGGCAGCACCGGGAGCCCCGGGGGGGGGCCCUGGCAGCACCCAUGGGGCUGGGGGUCUCUGGGGCAGAGCUGCGCCUGGCACCUGGCAACCGCAGCCACGCCGGCUGGUACGUCUGCACAGCCCGCAACGAGGUCAACAACCGCACCAGUGAGCCCGUCUACCUCGACAUUGUCUAUGGCCCCGACGAGCCAGCCAUCAGCGUGGAGCCCUUCUCCCCCGAGCAGGGGGGCUUCUCCGCGGGCGAGCGGGAGGAUGUGGUGCUGAGCUGCCUGGCACCGUCCAACCCCCCCAGCCGCUACAUCUGGCUCCACAACGGCUCCCAGGUCCACACUGGGCAGACCUUUGUCAUCGCUGCCAUUGCCCGGGGACAGGCAGGCACCUACACCUGCCUGGCCGAAAACACCCACCUCCAAACCCGCACCCAGGCCACCAUCAUCCUCACCGUCUACUAUCCACCGGCCGGGAGCCCCAGCUGCUCUGCCUUGGCCACCGCUGACCUGCAGGACGUGGCCCUGCGGUGCCGCUGGCCGGGGGGCUUCCCCCCAGCCCGGCUGCGCUGGGUGGGCCUCGGGGAGGAGGAAGAGGAGGAGGAGGAAGAGGGGGCGGCAGGGCCGAGCUUUUCCAUGGCCACCAACAUCCGUCCAGGGGUGACCACAAGGAACGGCAGCUCCUUCGCCUGCCUGGCCACCCACCCCACGCUGCGGGAGGGGGCCAUGUGCAGAACCACCCUGUGGGUCCCGGCUGGGAGCCCUGCCUGCACGGCUGUGGCCACCAAGCAUGACGAGUUCGUGAUGCUGCAGUGCCGCUGGGAGGGGGGCACGCCGCCGGCCACCCUGCGCUGGUGGGACAGCCGGGGUCAGGCACUGGGUGUCCCCAUGCCCUCGGCCGCUGUUCUUGUGCUGAGCGCCGAUGCCAGCCUGGGGGGCCAGGAUUUCAACUGCGUGGCCACCCACCCGCUGCGGGCGGCUGCUGCUGAGUGUCACCUCCGGCUUGGUAAGGGGAUGUCCCCACGCGCUGUCCCCAACAGCGCCGCAGCACGCCACGCCGGCAAUUUGCACAGCCCCGGUGGCUCCGUGCCCUCUCGCUGCGCAGACGUCCCCGAGCUGGAGGUGGAGCGGAGCGAGGUGGCGGUGCUGGAGGGUGGUGAGGCGCGGCUGGCGUGCCGGUGGUGCGGUGUCACCCACCUGGGUGCCGAAAUGGUCUGGUACGAUCCCCGGGAGCAGGAGGUGCCACCGGGCAUGGCUAAGUACCGGCUGGAGCAGGACGAAGCGUGGGCCAACCUCACUGUCCGGGAUGCCGAGUGGCCGGGGGAUGGUGGGACCUACCGCUGCACCGCAGCCAACGCCGUGGGCACCACCAGCCUCCCCGUCCACCUCCGUGUAGACCGGUACCCGGCCCCCCCCAAUGUCACCAUCAGCAAGCUGCGGUACACGCGGGCACGAACCGAGGUGCGGCUGGAGUGGCGGACGCAGGGCACGGGCAACCUCACCGGCUUUGUGGUGCAGCGGCGGCAGGCAAAGAAGCCCCAGCGCCGGGCGCCCGGCCCCUGGGAAACAGCCGCAGGUGACAUCGAGCCCCACUCCCGCGACCGGCGCCUGGGGGGGCUGGACCCCACUGUGGUCUAUGCCUUCCGCGUCCUGGCUGUCAACCACCGCACGGCCGGGCACCCCUCCGAGGUGCAGACGCCAGCUGAGCCUCCCUUCGAGGCACUCCCCGCAGUGACAGGGGCAGCGGUGGCGGGGAUGCUGGUGGCCACUGCGGUGUCUCUGCUGGCCGUGCGCUGCGUCGCCUGCCACCGGGACAACCUGCCACGGCUGCACGACCUACUCUUCCACACGUGA